AUGAAUAAUAUUAAAUAAAUAAUAUAAGCAAUUAAAGGAUGUAUACAAAUUUUAAUAUUAAAAGAAAACAUCUAAGACUUAAAGAAGUAUAAUCCUUCCCCUGAAUAAGAGCAAGGCAUUUAGAAAAUGAAAUUAAUACAUGUUGCUGCCUCCAAUCCCAGUAUAGAAAUUUUGCAAUAUUUUGUUGAAAAAUCUUAAAAUUUGGAAAUCACAGAUUCUAUAGGAAGAACUCCGCUGCAUUAUGCUGCUAGUUAUGGUCAUUAGGGCAAUGUCGAAUUAUUGAUAAAUAAAGGAGCAAAAAUAGAAGCUCAGACAUUAGGAGGUGAUACACCUUUGAUAAAAGCUGCAUAAUUAAAAAACCAUUAAUGCUAUAAUUAUUUAAUUAGUGUGGGUGCAAAUAAAUCCCAUCAUAAUUGCAUAGGUCAGAGUGCUGAAUAAAUAUAUUAAUAUAAUUGA